AUGGCUGGCAAAGGCUGGUUCCGACCUAUGCAUGGGUUCCAUCCUCAUGCUCCUGCAUUCCGCCACCGUGCUGCAGCUACCCUUUUGGGCGGUGCGAUGUGGUUCUGGCUCCUUGUACGCGCCAAGGAAGACGGCCCUGUCCUACUGUAUCUCGCCCCGUCCCCCUACGUGAUGCCUCUUGUGCGCCAAGGUCACUCUGACAAGGUGCCAGGCGCCCAUGCAGCCGGUGCCGAUCAGCACUCACUGCGUCAAGUGACUAGCACCCUUCGACCUAAGUCUUCCAACUUGCGACGUCUCUUAGGCAUCUCAGAUGCACAUCGGGACCGUCCUAUGCUUCCGGCAUUGCUCAUAAGCGAGCCGCUCACUCGCACAGCCAGCCGGACACUGGCGUCUGAGAAGUCAAGCACAGAGGUUACCUUGUCGAAAUCGACCCGCUCCGAAGGUAGUUUUGCUGCAUCAUCUUCACAGUGGCUACGUAAAGGUGCAGGCUCUUCUGUGGCCCUCGAAGACGAUCACAAACUGCUUCAGAAGCAGACCCUUACAGGGUUCGUCAAACGCAGCACGGGACCCCUUAGUCUUGCAUGGUGGUCCGACACUCUCUCACAAACUGAAGGUAAAGAGCCCGGGCGCGGAUGGCGCCCAUUCAAAGCUGUACUGGUCGGUGACACUCUUAUGUUUUACAAGGUGCCGACCAGUAUGGUGCCUGAAGUGCGCCGUACCUUCCAGAUCCGCUCGUCACAAUGGCCCCUCACUGUUUUGUCCACGGAUGAUCCUCUGGAUCUUAAGAUAUCCGAAGAUUCUACUACGCUGGUCAGCGCUCCCGAGAGAACCAUGCACGCCAAAGGCAGCAUUGAGUCGCUCAGGAUUCCCACCGUCCAUUGGACUAGCCCGUUGCGUCAUCCUGAACUAAUCAUCGUGCCUGAAUCCACCUCCUCUAACAGGUGGGUUACUCGCGUUGAGAGUGGCAGCGUGGCAGCUUUGGCACACGAGCUAGUGUUUGGCACGCAGCGCGUGGCGUCUGCCGAUGACGCACAGGACACGGACACGAAAACGUUUCUCCACCUUGUUUUCUACGUCUUAUGCACGGUUCGCACACCAUGGUAUCUCUUUUUGCGUGCAUUACGAGAGUUUGUGGUGCUACCUGAUGUGGAAUCAGCCGGAGUGCAACGUGUGUCAUUGUUUCUGGAUCUGUUGCUGUGGAAGCGACCGCUCCUGCAUGAAGGCCACGAAGAGUUUUUUUUUGAACAUUUGCAUGGACUGAUUCGUGAAUUGGGGGGUACUUCACCAUCGUCAAUCGCACCUAUGGUGCGACAGCUUCAACUGUGGCGUGAUCAGACGCAACUAGAGGAUCGGCAUUAUCCCACCGACUGGCUUGGCCGUGCAGGUGCAUCACUGAGUCACCGCACAGACCUGGCCCCACUGGCCUUGUGCUGGAAUGUGGCCGACCUUGUACGUCAAGACCCGGCUGAAAUCGCUCGCCAAAUACAAAGUUUCCAUGCUGAUCGCUUGAUGGCGUUUUUGCGCGUGCCUGUAACAGCCUACCGCUUGUCCAGCAGUGUGACCGAGUGUCUACUUCGUUCGUUCCGGUUUGAUGCAUCUCGGCCACACUGGCUUACUCACGUUAUACUCCGACAGUUACUUGUCGAUGAGGCGCCCGAGCGACAGGGAGAUGCUGUACACAUCGAGCGUGUUCGCAUCUUGGAGCAUUGGAUCGAAGUAGCUACGUCCCUUUUGCACCGAUCCGAUCUCGCUGGGUGGGUAGCCGUGUGUGCCGCAUUAUGCUCACGCGCGGUUGCGACACUGGAUGUGCUGUGGCGCGGCCUACCUACACGUAAGCGUGAUAUUGUCACACUUGAGUGGUCGCCACGACUCGCCUCCUUCGGUUGGAUCGAGGGUGUGCGUGCGGCUGUGGAGUCUGUAUUCGCCACGACGGGGGGACGUCAAGUGACCGAUGUGCAAGGCGGCAUUCCCUACUUUGGCAAUGCAGGUAUCUUGGGCGCCACAGCAACGACUGUAGCCACUGGCUCGCCAGCACAGGGAAUGGACAUCCAGCUCAUACCACUCGCGUCACAAGAGCCAGAGUUUGAGAGAGUGCGACUACUAGCCCAGCGUCUCAAGAUCUUGUACCAAGACGUAUCCCCUUCCCAAGGUCCUAUCCCGAUUCCCGAGUACCAAGCCCUCUUCCAGCGCCUGUCGACGUAUGAAUUUGCCUUGCAAACGGGUCUCGCUGACUACAUGGGCAAUGCUGUUGUGGUCGACGGACGCGUAGUCGAGGGUAUCCACGUCGACUCGCCGGACGAGUGGCCGUCCAAACCCGUGGAAAAUGCUGACGCUUUAUUUCUGUUUCCGAGCAUUUUUCCAGUCUUGAUGCCCGGUCGGGACACAGCAGAUGCUAUGUUGGAACGCAAGGAUCUGCUCGCUGUGGAUCCCAGAGGUCAAGCCUAUGCAUCCAAGGCGCGUUGUGCGAUUCGUGUCAUGAGCUGCGCGGAAGAAGUUCACAUGAGCGAUGAUCUGAUUUUGUACCCAAUGUCGACUCUCGUAGGAAUGGAGAGCAAGAAUGCAAUUAUGCAGACUGCCGCACCCUUCGGUUCAACCCACGCCUCUAGAAAACGCUUUCCUGUUGAGAUUCGAGCAGCAACGCCAGCACGUCUCGUUGAUAUCUUGGUGUUGGGAACAGAGCAUUUGGUUGUACGGGCCCCUGUGCAGCCACCCACCGAGCCUAUAACAUACGAGUCGCUCACCGUGGAGCUUGAUAUGUCGAGUUAUCGAGACGCGCUGCUUCUUUCAUAUCGAGGUUGGAUCUCCGCCGCUGAGCUCUUUAAGUCACUCGUGCGCCGCUGGAACCUGGCCGAAAGUGCCAGUCGUGAGAUGGUACUGUAUGAGCGCAAAGGCAUUCCUAACCAAUUUCCGUCCUGGACGCCUCUUUCGAACGCUCCGUUUGCUCGAGAGCCCAUGAAUUGGGAAAGAUUCGUCUCCAUCCGUCUCCAUGUACUGUUGGCGCUUCAUCGCUGGCUGGAGCUGUACCCUCGCGAAUGGAUCGCAGAUCUCAUCCAGUUUGAUGCGCUUUAUACUUUCUUACGGACCGCCCACCAAGAGUGCAAUGCCAUUGCUACAGACUUGCUAUCUCUUGUCGAAACGAUCAAUGCCAUUCUGCAAAUAUACCCCAUUCUCACGACCAAUGCCAUUGCUAGUAUGGGACUAGAUUUUUUCGCCCCUUGUGAGUCGCCCCCCCAUGUAUCCAUUACUUUCGAUUGGGCACUUCCUGCUUGUGACCUCUUGGCUUACUUGGAGUCACUGGCGACCCUACCAUACGCGUUGGUGAGUGCACACGACUUGGCGCGUGCGUCGCUUUUGCUUGAGCAGAUUCACAGUGCGCGCCGCGAGUGGUUUGAGGCAGCGACUCGCGACCAUAUGACCUGUCUCAGCAUGUAUCGUCUCAUGCGCUGUCUUCCACCAGGUCGUCAGGUGGCUCAUGCGCCAGCAGGCUCGAGCUUGUGGGACAUGCUGCCUCCAUCCAUUCGCGAAAUCUGUAUGAUCCACGAAACGGUGCGAGAAUGGGUCGAGGCACAAGUCACCGAGCCUCGCCUUGGUUUAUCCCGCCGUAUAGAGCGUCUCUCGCGUCUGCUCGAUACUGUCUUGUUGAGUCGAGCCUCAAUGGUGCGCGCGAUGCGCUAUGACUCUCAGCAGAAUGGUGGUAUGAAUAUGCCUGUCCCUCAGACUUUCGUGGAAUGUGCUAUCCUGGAGGGCAUUACAAGUGAACGCACUCAGAACUUCCAAGCUGCAUGGAACGGCGUGGCUAGGCAGCGCCAGAUUUCAAGUUUGUCGGACCUUCUCCUGCACCGGAUUCCUAUACCGCAGGGUCAAUUCCUGCCCCCUUGUACGCCGGACAUCGGUUGGACGAUUGCGAUCUUCUCACAUUGGGCCGUUCGGCCCAGAGCGCGUCAUGGUAAAUCGAUUCUCCUCGAAUUUAGUCUGUACAUGUCGACGGCUGAUCUCGUAAAAGACGCACUUAAUUUACAGAACAACAACGCUUCCGAUGACACGCUUAACACUGUACGUUCACGUCUUGAUUGGCUACGAGAGUCAACUCGCAAGGCCAUUUGGCCACGCGAGAAGAUGCUAGAAGAUGCAGCUAUGGAAGCUAUGAUGGAGCAAGAGCUAAGUUCAGUGUCCAUGGCGCUAUUUGAUUCACUUAACGCAGCUCGCGCCGAAAAAUUGGCCGAUAUGCAGUUGGCUUUGAGGCGGAGCAGUGAAGCGUACGCUAAUGAUCCCUCCUCCGAUUUUCUCGCCAAACUCGAUAGCAAGACAUUGGUGGAACAAGCAGAAUCCGUGCGCACGCCAUGUGAUGCACUCCUGCAAGCGAUUCCAGCCAGCCGCGCUUCAAGUGUGUUCCGGUGCAAAGGUGCCCAUAUACAGGUUUGGCCCUAUCAGAAACAUCCUUUUGUGAUGGAGCUCGAGGCUCCCUCCGGGGGUAAAUGCAUAUUGAAGCUGCCCAACUAUGAUGAGUUUUGCCAGUGGAUUACGCACUUGCAAGGAAUCCCUUAUGUCCGUAUCAGCGAAGCGUUUGACGUCGGUGCCUAUGCGGCUCAAGUGGCUGAUCACCUGGGCCGCACAAGUGCAGCCCAGGUAUUUGGUGUACCGCUAGGGGAGCUGUACGCCCGAAGUGGGGGUGCGACCCUCCCUCCUUCGAUCGAGCGCCUGCUAGAAGAGAUCGAGUCGCGUGGACUACAGGAACAAGGCAUUUAUCGGAUCAGCGGUACCCGCUCAGCCGUGACACGUCUACAACAAGCGCUUAAUUCGCAACCUGUACAUCUCAUCAACUUUAGCAGUGCAGAUAUUCAUGUGCUCACCAGUGUACUCAAGCUUUGGCUACGAGAUUUGCCUGAACCGCUGGUCCCCUUUGCCUUUUAUGAUGCUCUGAUUGGAUCUGAACGAGUAACCCAGCACGAAGAACGCGUACGUCUCAUACGCAAGAUUAUCGCCUCGUUUCCCCCAUGUCACUACCUAGCACUAAAGCGAGUCACCUACCAUCUCGCGCUGGUGACCAAAUCAUCCCGUUCCAACCUUAUGGCAGCUCACAACAUUGGCCUUGUGUUUGGAUCUACAUUGUUAAACCCACCUUCAGCACCGAAUCGAGUGGCACGGGGGAUCGAAAAUCUUGGGCGUGCUGCGCAUAUCGUCAAAAUCAUGGUUGUCAUGCACCGCUAUAUUUUUAGCGCCAGAAUUGAACACCGCCCCCCAUGA